AGCGAAGUUAUGUUUCCACACUCGAGACGAAGAUCGACAAGCUGCGGCUGAAGCUCGACGAGGCUAAAAAUCGCAAGCCUUCCGUGAUAUCCAUUCCAGAUGAUGAGACGACGGUGCCGUCACGGCGGCAAUCGUACAGUGUUCAGGGACCGCCGACUCCGACUGCAUCGAAGAAGGAGCGACGUAAGGAGGCCUCUGCCAUUGAUGACCUGGUGUCGGACUUUGGGUUCCUCUCCGUCAAUGCCGCGGCGCGAGACUUCUACGGAUUUACUUCAGCCAUGUCAUAUGCCCGCUUGGUCCUCUCAGCCUGCACCAAAGACCAGUUUCCGCAAGGUAUGACCAAAGCCUUACCACCCCGAUACAUGACUCAGGCCCUCGUACAACAUUACCUUAACAACGUCUUCGUAUUGUUACCCGUCUUCGAAGAAGCUAGCUUCUACGGCUCGGUCGAAAACCUAUACUUCAAGGACUCUCAUAAAGCAGACCCGCUGGACUACUGGAUGGUUCACUUGGUGCUUGCCAUCUCAUAUGCCUCAAAGUCCGAGUCGCGUGGCGACCAAGAUUACCUAGAGGGCAUUGGGCAUGUGUGCGCCGCACUGCAGCAUGCUGAAGACGUACUGCACCCGGGCGCACUUUCUAGUGUACAAGCGCUUGUGUUGCUUACUGAGUAUGCGAUGCUCGACCCGCACCAUCUCGACUCGUGGAGCCUAAUCGGCGUCGCUUCUCGGGCUAUGGUAGAUCUCGGAUUGCAUCAGGAUCCGCAGAAAGGUGCCACCAUGGCGAGAGGUAAGCUGGACCUUCGUCGUAGGGUGUUCCACUGCGUCUACGCGCUGGAUCGGUCAACGUCUCUCGUGCAGACUCGCGCUUUCUCCUUCUCCGAUGACAGCGCGAAGGUUAAGGUACCAUUCACCAGAACGCCCGCGCAACAGCACCAGCCGCAGAUGCAUGGCAACGGUACACCGAAAGGCUGGUUACAGUCCCACGACCAAGCGCUGGAGCUUAUCACGCUACGUCGAAUGCAAUCACAAUGGUACACAGAUCUCUUCCAGUCCGGACGCGCGCGCUUCGACGAGCCGUACCAGUACGUAUGGAAUACCUGCGACACGAUGAGGAAGUGGUUCGAGAACUUGGCACCGUCGACGUCGCAAAGUAUGCGUGCAUUCUUCGAGUUGGACCUGCUGUAUUCGUAUGUCUACGUGCUAUCGCCUUCGCCGCGGGUACCGGUCAUCAACCCCUUCGCGGCUAAGCUGAUCUUCGAAUACUGUAUUCGCUACGCUGACCUUAUGCUACGCUUGAUUCACGAUCCAGCCUACACCGCACCCCUCACUUUUUAUGAUGCUAUGAGGGUCUACAUGACGGGCCGGCAAUUCCUCGAUGUUCUGCAGAAUCACACGGACGUCUUGCUUAACGGUCAAGUUCCGCCUCAUCCGGAAGUUCGACCAGCGACCGCUCCGCCACCGCCUAUGCCUGUGGUACCGUUGCCACCAGGUGAUAACCUCAUGCACUUCAAUACGCAGCGCAGCGCGCUCUGCAUCAAGCAGUUUACGGAGUGUUUGUCUCGCUUCGGUAUUCGAUGGGGGUAUAUGAGCUGGAAUCAACGCUACCAAGUAGAGACCGCGAGUAUGGCUGAACAGCUGAAUAACCGGCUUCGUGAAAUGGAUCAAGCCGCUGGAGUUCGUCGACCUAGCAUGUGGACGCAUAGUUCGUCGGCCGGCUCCAUCCAUAGCAGUAGCGGCAGCGUGGUGUACAGCUCACCACAAAGCAUGCCGCCCGGUCCGGCAGCAUACCGACAGCCGUCUGUCACAUUAUGGAACAUGACGAGCUACGACAGCCAAGCGCAACAGAACAACCCACCGCAGCAUCGGUACAGUGGGGAUAGGUUCAGCCAGCCGCCCAUGCAGCCUACAUUCGAGCUACAACCUCAGCAUCAGUUGUUCCAGCAGCCUUCUGGUCAAACUUUCAACUUCAAUCCGCAGCCGCAAUGUCCCACGUCUCAAACAAACGCACAUACGCCGCCAUUUCAGCAAUUUGCUGGCUGGUCAGGGUAUACCGGUCCGUCAGUGCCGGAUACGCUGGACGAGGAGAACGCAGUACCACCCAAUGCUAACCCUUGGGCUAUUGGCGAGAGAUGAAGUAUGCUGAAAGGAUUUACAGGUCUUCAACCAGCAACUUGCACAACAGGUGGCACACGAGAUGGUACAGAAGCCGCGACCGCGCCAGCAAUCUGAGAGGAGUCCCACAGAUGUCGCGCCAGUGCCAGGCUUGAGCGCGCAAUGUCCGAUCACUGUGACCGAGGAUGUUGCGCCGACUGUACAGCCCUCUACCGGUUCACG